AUGUCUUCCGACUCUUCAUCCAAUUCCGAGGCCGCCAUUCUUCCCGAGCACCGUAAGGAGGAAACUUCUACCGACAUCUCGAGCUGGGGAUCUACAGAACAUUCUUCGAACGCUUCUCUGGUUCGCAAGAAUUCUCGUGUCGUCGAGGUCGGCUCUGGUAGCCGAGUUCCGAUUCGGGCUCCAGAGCAGAUGGAUCGAAAUCUUCGCGAGCCCGAAGGCCAAACAGAUGAGGACGCUCCAUUGCACGAGGUCGGGGAAGGAGGAGCGCAUGAUCCAAAUGAUGAUGAUAUGAUGCCGAUCGUAGAUCGGCCAUGUAUAUGUGCCCCGGUGAAGUCUACCUUGUCAUCUCCGGAAACGGUUCGGGCUGCUAUGCUGGUCGGCGGAGCCCCUCAUGGAAUCAUUAUUCAAGUUUUCGAACCGGAAGAGCGCCCCUGGGAUGCACCCGAGGACUUCAUCUGUGUCUACGAGGCCUAUUUCAAAGAGGCCGGACUGACUUUCCCCUUGCCCCGCUUGCUGUUCGCCUACUGCAAUCGUCGCGGCUGCGCGAUAUCGCAACUUCAGCCGGCGUCAAUAGUGAAUUUUGUCAGGAUUCUCCAGCUCGGGCGCGACAUCCGGGCUCACAUCAACGUGGCCCAAUUCGAGGAGCUCUUUAUUAUGAAGGUCUCGGCGGCAAAAAGUUGGUUUCUGUCGGUGAAUUGCAAACCGAAGUUUGACCUGGUGACUGGGAACAAGGCUAGCAAGUUUCCGAACUGGGACCAAAGCUACUUCUUUGUACGCGUGGAUUCGUUAUCUGCUGAGAAUCCGGAGAGCACGUUCCGGACUGGCUGGAGUGUCGAUUUCGAUCGCCACGUUCCGGGGUUCAUUCAACGCUCUCUUACGUCUGACCUAGCGAAGCAGCUAAGUAUCGCCGGACAGCGCCGUUGGCCACUUGCCUACCAGGAGAAGAUUGACCGUCGGAUAAAGAGAGCUGACGAGGAAGAUGAUAAUGCCUCGAUCGAUAUCGUCGGUCUCGAUGGGAACGAGGCCGGUGAUGGCGUUGGAGCCGCUAUUGGGGACGAGGUCGACAAUGUCCCGGUCGGCCCAGUUGAUCCUCUGAUCCCGGUUGCGGAACCGGAGGGCGAUGUGGCAGGAACUAGUGUUCAUGAGGCGACUCCUCAGCCUCAAAUGGAGGAGGGGGAAAUUGGUGAGCAGGAUGAGGACGAGCUCACCAUUGCCGACCGCGCCCGUAGGAAGAAGGGCAAGUCUUUGAAGAAAUCAUCUCGGAGGAGGGGUGGUGAUCCCGAGGCGGCUGCGAGUGAGGGGACUCUGGUCCUUCACGAAUCCCCUGACGCUUCUCAGGUUCCUCCAGCGGAUCCGGCUGCCGAGACCGAGAACCCGAGGUCGUCCAAGAGGCGUCGGACCUCUGAUUCGUCCUCCUUCUCAGUCCGGCUCAAGUACAACAAAGACCGGUCCUUUUUUGACGACUCGUCUGCCUGCGCCGAGCUCUUUAGGCAGAUCGUGCCGGCCUCGUCUCCGAUGCCUGAGACGAAAGACCUUUUCCGCCCCAAGUCUUAUGCUCGGGUCGCGAAAUCUGCCUCCGAUCUCGUCUGUGAUACUAACGAGCUCGUUCGCGAGUACGACUCCGAGGUCGAGAGGCUGAGGAGGAUCAACGCUGAGGUUGCUGCUGAGAGGGCGUCUCUGGAAACGUCGUACCAGGACGAAAAUGAGAGGUAUGAGGCUGCUGUGCUGGCCUUUACCGAAAAGGAGAAGGAGAACGCAACUUUGAAGGAGCAAGUCGAGGCUCUGGGGAAGCGGACUGCCGAACUGGAGGGGGAUGUGGACGCUCUGUCCAAGUCGUUCAAGACAAGCGAGCUCGAGAGGCGGAGGUAUCGGGACGCCGAGUCGAAGAGCAGGAGGAUGCUGGCCGCCCUUAGGGGCAAGUGCGAGGGGAAGCUCUCCAAGAUGAAGGACUUCAUGGAAAAGUCCGAACUCCGGAAGGCGCCAUUCCUCAAACUCAACCAGGCGACCGCUCUAGUCGGCUUCUGCGACUUCCUCAGGAGGGAGUACAACAUGAUCGUCCCGUCUCACAUCGUGGAGAUGUACGGGCGUAGGGUUAAGAACUGCACGAGGGAGGUCGAUGCCAUUCCCCUCCCGCGGUUCGAGAAAACGAAGACUUGCUUCUUCCGAGCGACGACGACCUCAUCCCGAGGAUUGUGCUUCCGCCGGGGACGCAGGUUCCAGAGGGCUUGGAUCAGUUCGGCUCGAACUCCAAGUCGAUCUCGGCUGAUCGGGCAGCAAGUCUCAAGAGUCCGGCGUCCGUUGCUCGUCAAUGAUUCAUCCUUUCCUUAG